AUUGCUGAAGUGGUAACUGCCAAAAUGAAGUUCAAUCCUUUUGUGACUUCUGACCAGAGCAAGAACCGUAAGAGGCAUUUCAAUGCACUUUCCCACAUUCGUAGGAAGAUUAUGUCUUCCCCUCUUUCCAAAGAGCUGAGACAGAAGUACAAUGUGCGAUCCAUGCCCAUCCGGAAGGACGAUGAGGUUCAGGUUGUGAGGGGACACUACAAAGGUCAGCAAAUUGGCAAAAUAGUCCAGGUUUACAGGAAGAAAUAUGUUAUCUACAUUGAACGAGUCCAGCGGGAGAAGGCAAAUGGCACAACUGUCCAUGUGGGCAUUCACCCCAGUAAGGUGGUUAUCACCAGGCUAAAACUGGACAAAGAUCGCAAAAAGAUCCUUGAAUGCAAAGCCAAGUCUCGCCAAGUAGGAAAGGAGAAGGGCAAAUAUAAGGAAGAAACGCUUGAGAAGAUGCAGGAAUAAAGUUAUAUACAACUUGAUUAAAAACUGUAAAAUGAAAAAAAAAA